AUGAGGUUGUUCGGAAACACUAUCGCCGCCCUUGGCAUGAUGCUUCCCAUUCAUCAAAUGUCAGCAUGGGCACAGAAUCUGUCGUACGGAGCCGAUAACUUCUACCGCAGCGAUAUCGUGACGGUUACCCCCGUCACCUUCCAGGAUCAAUACCGCACGACAAUCCGGAGAAAUCUUUUUACUCGUCACAAUCUGAGUCACAGCGUCGAGUCCCCUGCUGUUAUUGUCGGCCAUCCAAUGGGCGCGGUGAAGGAGCAGAGCGCGAACCUCUACGCGGCGAAAUUGGCCGAGCGAGGCUUUGUCACCAUCUCGUUGGACCUUCCUUUCUGGGGCGCCAGCGAGGGUGAGCCACGCAACGGGGUAUCUCCAGAUCUCUAUGCAGAAGCAUACAGUGCCGCAGUCGACUAUCUCGGCACACAGGACUCUAUUGAUCGUGAGCGGAUUGGCGCCCUCGGCAUUUGUGGAAGCGGUGGUUUCGUGAUCAGUGCAGCGAAGAUUGACCCGCGCUUGAAGGCCAUCGCAACAGCAAGCAUGUACGAUAUGGGAGCCGUCAACCGCGAUGGGCUACGGAAGUCACAGACCCUUGAGCAGCGCAAAGCUAUCAUCGCCGCGGCAGCCGAGCAGCGCUGGGUCGAGGUGGAUGGGGGCGAGGUUCAGUACUCAGGCGGCGUCCCAAGUCAAAUAACAGCAAACACGAGCGCGGUUGACCGUGAGUUCUAUGACUUCUAUUUCACCCCGCGUGGCGAGUUCAUUCCUGAAGGCACGAGGCGGGAGCUCGCGACACAACGGACAAAGUCAAGUAACCCGAAGUUCAUGAACUUCUACCGAUUCAAUGAUAUUGAUUCGAUUUCGCCCCGCCCUCUUCUAUUCAUCGCAGGCGACCAGGCACACUCGCGUGAGUUCAGCGAGUACGCUUAUGCGCGUGCAAGGGAACCAAAGGAGCUGUUCUGGGUGGCAGGCGCCGGUCACGUCGACCUCUAUGAUCGUGUGGGCCUCAUCCCUUUCGAUAAGCUCACCCAAUUCUUCCGGGUGAACCUUCGUUAG